GAAUCCAUUAAACCUCAACAGCACAGGCGGAAUGACGAUCUCUUCUCCGUCUUCCAGUCAAUCUUUUGAAAACCACCUUAAUACAUCUCUUCUUCGUCAGAACAUCGAUGUCUUGCCUUUGAGCCGGCCGGAAUCAUGGUGACAUUUCUAUCAGUCGCAGUGCGAAACUUUGAUAAGCUGUAAAGAGUGACUUAUUAGAUAAUCCACUUUCUUUUCUUUUUUUCUUUUUGCUCUCUGAUUUCUUCUCUUCUUGUGACACAAACAAUAUGCACCAACCUGUCGGAGCUUCUCUUGCUCAAGCCUCCCCACUCAAGCCUUGCCACAACCACCGACGCCGUACCAAAGUCGCAACGUCACUGCCUUGUCACAUACCUUCCUGCCGACCGUCAUGACCGAGCCCUCGCGUCGCUUCUCAUCAGAAGCCGCAUCAAAUACCAAAAGUCCCGUAGGAUCUUUGCGUCAGAGCACGCCUCCGCUCCGGUCGCCUCAUCAUCCCGACAGGCGUCGCCUCUCAUCCAAUUCGCAAGACCAACAUGCCUCAACUCUGGACCAGGGUUCCAUCAGCACUCAACAGAGACAAACAAGGCCCAGUGAGCUACAACAGCCAUCACAAGAGUCCCUCAUCCUGCAGCAACAAGUACAACAUCAUCAACCGACGCCGCCGCCGCCGCCGCCCGUCUUCACCCCGGUCUUUGCACUCGUCGACGACGCUACAGGCCGGCCUACAACACACCACCCCCACGUCCACUACAUAUUCUCUGAUGAUGACCCCGAAGAGCUGACCGCGGCCCUCGAUGACGCGGCCGCAGACCACUCACACCCACCCACGUCCUCCGGCGGCGCGGUGGCAACGCCGGGGUUAACUCGGGACCGCGCCAUCGUCGUCGACCUGGUACCGAGCUCCGACGGUCGGCCUGGUUCCUUCUCAGUGGCGAGCGCCGUCUCCCUCAGCCCCGAGUGGGCCGUAACGAGCGUGCAGGUCUCGAGGGUAGGCGGCAAAGACGCCGGCGUCUCGGGCGGCAAGGGCAAGGCCAGGGAUAGCACUGAGGCCAGCGAUGACAAGGACGACGACGCCGGCGGAGACGCUGGUGACAACGGACUGAUGCUGAGGAUCGAAGGGGUUGGGGUCGACCCGGCAACGGCGGCCGACAGCACCCUGACGUUGUCCGGGUCCAGCAGCGGAGGGUCGCGCCACAGCGAACGUAGACGGCAAAAACAACAGCACGGGCCCGGACCCAACGGAGAGGAAGAGUUCGUGGCGCUGGCUGAAGACUUUGACCGUCGUAUGAGCACGCUGCGCCGCGUGGUGGACGCCAGCAUACCUGGGCUAUCUUCAGAGGAGCAGCGGGCUGCGCAUACUGCCGUCGGGGAUGACACUGCCUCCCCCGGCGCGGCUGCUGCUGAGGCUGUGUCUUCUGAUCAGAAAGCCACUCUGUGACAGACUUGGAAUUUUUAAACUACCAAAUCCGUUUAGCGAACGUGCGGGGAAACCAGACGGCCCGUACGGAUAGAUUUUGUCUCGUCAUGCAUGGCAAAAGAAAUCCUCCCGCGGCAGGAGAGAGAGAGAGAGAGGACGCCACGGUGACAUGGGCUGGGGGCCGUGUCGUUGUCGCGGCAGAUCCCGCCGCAGGGCUUGCAUUGAACACAGCCUUCUCGUGUGUGACGCGCAUCGCUUCAGUAAUUCUCCCCGAGACGAACGGCUCCACGAGAACUCUAUCCGCAUUCUGGAUAUGAAUAUGGCAAAGUUUUUGAUAAAUUAAAAUUUGUGAUUAUGAUCCAUAGCUUGGGAAAUUCGUGUCGGAGCUGGAGAGGAAACCGGGCCUCAUCGGCUAGAUGUGCACGGGCAGAGUACAAUCCAGAGCUUGGGCAUACCGCCGGAACCUAUGAGAUGUAGCGAUCUGGGCCAUCAUAGAGUAUAGUGAUAGAUAAAGUUUGUCACUGGCAAGUUAUCUAGUAACAUAUCGAAGACAUACGAUGCAACAAGAUCUAGCCCAAUUAAUACUCCACAUUACCCAACAGCCCACAACAGGCAAAUAGUGACAAAAGGAUAUCAAGUCUUG